CAGGGUUUGAAAGCUAUUUUAUAUUUGAUAAGGAUAAUCUUACACAAAUUUCUAUGUCUUAAUUCAAGAAGAAUCAAUACACAUCCAUAAAGCAAGGGGGAGUUUGUCAGAAAGGUAAAUAAUGAUUCAUCCCGUGACGUCACUUCCCUUCCAUAGGAAUUCAAGGAAUGGGCUGGAUUUAUGUGGGUGAAAAGUACGUCUGAUAUCAUACUAUUCAAGAGCCGAGAACAAGGAAUACAAAGUCUAUAGUAAAGAAUAACAAGUGAACCAAAGAUAUCAACAUGCAGGCAGUACCCCCAGAUUUCAACCCCCAGCCCCUCCCCCCACAAUCCAGACCCCCAUGUGAGCCUCCAAAGUUCCUAAAGAGACAAGUAUAUAGUGACACAGCCGUCUUCAAACAUUUGGAUGACCAUGCUAUCUUGGUUGCCUCAAGAACCCAGGGCAAUUUCAGAGAGCUGAUCUGGGAAUUGGCUUAUUGCAAACAAUUUGCUGACCUAGAAAAAGCCAGAGUGAUAUUCCGAUGGAUGACAGCCAAGAACAUGUACACAGUGGCCUUCAGGGAGGAACUAGCAGGCUCUCCCGAGGAAGUAUUAUGUGCCUUCAAGAACAAACGUGGGACCUACGCUAGAAUAUUUGAAACAUUAUGCAGUUUUGCUGGACUCCCAUGUGUUACAUUGAGUGGGUAUGCUAAAGGAGUUGACUACAAGCCAGGAAUGCGGUUCUCAGGUCAACCCCAUAACCACAGCUGGAAUGCAGUCUUUGUAAAUGGAGCUUGGCAACUUGUUGACUGCCACUGGGCCACACGAUACCUGGCCUCAGAACGUAAUGUACCCGAGAACCUUGUGUAUGAAUACGAUGAUUUUUACUUCAUGUCAGAGCCAGAACAGCUGAAGUACAGUCAUUGGCCAUCUGAUAACAAGUGGCAGCUCCUUCGACAGCCACUCACGCUAACACAGUUUGAAGAGCUCCCUCUUGCCAAGUCUUUCUUCUUCAAGUGCGGCAUGGAUUUCCUUCAAUGCACUAACGGGGUGCUUACUACUGAGAAUGGACAUACAACAUUGGUCCUUGGAUUCAACAAACCUCUCAGCUUCACAUUUAAGCUACUCAUUGGUGAGGCAAUGGAGGAUGACUACAGGGGCCACAAACUGAAGGUCUAUGUGCUCCAGGAGACGCUAGAGAACCAGGUGAAGUUCCACAUUAGGGCCCCCAAGGAGGGACCCUACUACAUGACCCUCUACGCCCAGGAAGUGUCUGAGGAGUUGAACGUUGAGAAUGUUUUCCGGGCAGCCUGUGAGUAUAAAAUUCAGUGUGACCGUGCUGCUCCUGAUGCUAUCCCUCUCCCUGUGUGUUCUGAUACAAACUGGGGACCCGGUGCUCCUGUACGCCAGUAUGGACUCAUUCCAUCGCACAAGGAUGGUGUUAUAACUGCUGUUAAUGGACGUUGUGAGCUCAGAUUCGCAAAGACACGUCGUGUCCGCCUGCUAUGUAAACUCCAAAAAGAGGGCGUUGGUGAGGCAGCCUUGGAGAAAUGUGUAACGGAACAGGAAGUUGACAACCAAUCCAUCGUAACAGUGAACCUCCCCAAGGCUGGUGAAUAUGGUCUGGAAAUCUAUGCUAAUGAUCCCGCUAAAGAUGGAGACACCUUCACCCAUAUGUGUCAAUAUCUGGUACGCUAUGAUGACUCGACUGGGCCAGGACCAUAUGGGGCUAACUACUCACAGACAAUGAGCUCCACCACAACUACCACCCAAUAUGGAGCUCCUGGUGUACAGGGCUACAACCAGUACCAAACUGACUCCACACAAAUGACACAGGUAACAACAAGAAUGACUGAUGUGACACUCUCUGGGCCAGGAAGCAAAAGUGCCCCACAGACUGCCCCUAAGCCAGGGAAGGGGAGGGGCCCCCAGGGAAGAGGAUAUGGUCAGGAGGAAGACCUGCCACCCCCACCCCCAGAACUUGCUGGCCAGGACAUGCAAUAUCAAUCUGCACCAGGAUACAGAGGAGGACCAGCAGGUGAUCUACCUCCCCCUCCCCCAGGUCAGGCUGGCCAGGGACCAUACGGCACACAGCGUGCUCCUGGACAGGAGGAUUUCCCACCACCCCCUCCCCCAGAUGGCACAGACUCUGGAGUACAGAUUCAGGUGAAAAGGGCUCAUCCCAAAAGCAACCAGGCAGAGCCAGGUACUGGGGCAACAUUGCUAAGAGCUAAAGGCCAACCAGCAGAGGAAUCUCCCGGAGCGACACAGCACAUACCAAUACAGGUCCAAUCCCAAGUUAAGGCAGGGCAGCAGCCAGCUCCAGGUCAACCAGGCUAUCAACAAGGAGCUCCAGGUCAAUAUGCUCCAGGCCAACAGGGAGCUCCAGGUCAGUAUGCUCCUGGUCAACAAGGAGCUCCUGGGCAGUAUGCUCCUGGUCAACAACAAUAUGCUCCAGGUCAACAAGUU